AUGGAAAAAAGAAAUAUAAACGUUCAGAACAUAAUAUACAGUAGCACAGUAUCAAGUAUUUUCGUCAGUCUCAUAUGCACCCCCCUGGACGUAAUAAAAAAUUACAUCCAGUACAAUAGCAACAUAAAUUUCGACAAGAAGUACAUAUUGAAGAAAAUUACCAAGAAGAACAAAAAGAGGCUUUUGAAAUUUAACUCUUUUUACUACCAGACGUUCAAGAACAUUUACAACAACUACGGAAUUAGGGCUGUCUAUAGGGGCCUUCUUUCCACCGCAAACCUGUACAUAAUAAACAAUAGCUUGUUUUUUUAUGUGUACGAAGAGCUAAAGGAUAAGGGAAUUCCAUAUUACCUGUGCGCAACGAUUUCGCGAUUCAUCUCCAUCAUCAUAACAUCGCCUUUGGAGCUAUACCGAACAAAUGUUCAGGCGAACGUUUGCAACAAUUACAAAGUAAGCAUCCUGGACAUUUUAAAGGAUAAGAAAAACAGAAAAAUAAAAAUAAAUUUUUACAAAGGAAUUACCUCAACACUUAUUAGGGACAUCCCCUUCUCUGCCAUCUACUGGUCCCUUAACGAGUACUUAGUUAGCUACAUCAAAAAAGUGGACUCAGAAUAUGAAAAGAGAAAAAAAAUUACAAAAAAAUUUGUGUACCCAUUUAUAUGUGGGUGUUUAAGUAGCACAAUAACCACUUUUCUAACUCAUCCACUGGACAUUAUAAAAACAAACAUGCAAGCCAGAUGUAUAGACAUAAUUCACAAGAGCGACUUUGACUAUAGGAAGAUUAAGAAUUAUGAUUUCCAUUCUAAGAACCGAGCCAACAGCUUUUACAACAUUUUCCAAAGUAAUUUAUACAAUAAUAAAUACCUGCACGAUGUUAAGGUAAAUAGUUACGCACACAAUGAUCACCGUAGCAUACAUUAUAAAUAUGGAUCUGGUAAAUAUGGUUCGAAUACUUAUAGCUACAAAUACUACAACUAUUUCAAGUUUACAAAUAAUUAUAAUUACAACGUUUUUUCUGUAGCGAAAGUUAUUUUUAAGAAAAAUGGAUUGCGGGGGUUUUACAUUGGCAUUUGUCCAAGACUGGUAAAAAUUGUGCCCACCUGUGCCAUCCUUUUUUCCACCUACCACUACUUUAACUACUGA